AUUUCCGGAUAAACCGCGCAAAGAGCUUCCAUUUAUAGCCGACUUUUCUUUUUCCCGUUGUUCGUUUUUCAUUUUCCUACGAACCAAACAGAAGAUUUCCGAGAGAGAGAAAAGAAAAGAAAAGAAGAGAAAAUCGGCUCUCAGAGAUCUUGAUAAAGAAACAAACAAACAAACCCCGGCCUCUCAAAACUCACCACCUGUAUUAUUACGAAGGUCAAGAAGAAAAGAGCCCAAUCCAAUCAUACUAUCGCUGUAGAUAGACGUCUCCAAUUUCUUUUAUCCAUUUGCCUCGUCUCUAGCAAAAUUCAGGAAUUUCGAUUUUCUCUCAAAGAAUUUUAGGUUUUAAACAUUGUUGACCUCAAUACCGGAAUUUUCUCGGGCAGAAAAAAGAUGAUGCGAAGGCAAGACCAGCAAGACCAGCAAGACCAGCAAUCGAGGGUUUUCUAUGAGCUAUCGGCUCUGGUUCUCAACCUCCUCCGAUCUCCUCCCACGCCGAUUCAGUUCUCCGAUCACUCACCGGUGGUGCCCUCGUCGCCGUCUUCAUCGAGGCGGCCGCCUCCCGCGGCGACUCAGAUUUCGCCGGCGGGGUUCGCCUCUCUGAUGCUGGGGAUUUCGAUGGCUCUGAUGCUCUGUGGAUCGGUGACUUUCUUCAUUGGUUUCAUAUUGAUGCCUUGGGUUCUCGGAUUGGUUAUGGUCUUCUACGUGGCUGGAAUCGUCUCCAGCCUCUCUGUUUUGGGAAAGUCGAUUCUUUGUUACGCGUCGGCUGCGUCAUCACCGCGAAAGGAGAUUUCUGAAUGGAAGUUAUUGUGAAGAAGAGGAGGGUGGUUCAAGAGAGUGGAAAUGUUCAUUGGAGGAGGAUGGAGCAGCACAAAUGUCCUGGUGUGGGGUGUGCUGCAUAUAGCGAUGUAUAGGGCAAGGCCGAAAUUAAUCAAGAGGGCUUCUUGAAGUAUUGAUGCAUGAACAGUAGAUAAAAUGUUUAUUAAUGUUCUACUGAAUAUGUGGAAGUGGCUUCUAAUAGUGAAUUGUUGAAGGAUGAUGUUAAAGUACUUCCAACCAAUGAAUUCCUACUUUUGAGGAGACGGAGGGGAUGUUGCAUGCUGAGCC